GUUCAUCCCACAGACACCUCUACAGCACAACACGAAGUAAUAUCGCGAUACCCCUUCAAUCACUGUGUGUGAACAUACGCCUACAUUCGCUAUAUCCCAGAACUUUAACCAGAACCACCGAUCUUUCAGCGCUCUCGACUUUUCGCCCCCCGCCUCCCGCCAGCGGCGAACAAUCUUUCUAGCUACACCCGCAACAAACAACCGCGCUCCCAUCUCACCUCCACAUCAGAGACAUGGCGAACUACCUCGCCAGUAUCUUCGGGACCGAAGCCGACAAGGUCAACUGUUCCUUCUACUACAAGAUCGGAGCGUGCCGGCACGGCGACCGGUGCUCGCGCAAGCACGUCAAGCCGUCGUACAGCCAGACCAUCCUGCUCCCGAACCUGUACCAGAACCCGGCCUAUGACCCCAAGGUCAAGAUGAACGCGAGCCAGCUGCAGAACCACUUCGAUGCCUUCUACGAGGAUUUCUGGUGCGAGAUGUGCAAGUUUGGCGAGGUUGAGGAGGUCGUCGUUUGUGAUAAUAAUAAUGAUCAUCUGAUAGGCAACGUCUACGCACGAUUUAAAUACGAAGACUCAGCCCAAAAAGCCUGCGACGCCCUAAACUCACGCUGGUACGCCGCGCGCCCCAUCUACUGCGAGCUCUCGCCCGUGACCGACUUCCGCGAGGCCUGCUGCCGGCUCAACAGCGGCGAGGGCUGCGUGCGCGGCGGCUUCUGCAACUUUAUCCAUCGCAAGAACCCGAGCGAGGAGCUGGAGCGCGAGCUGGAGUUGAGCACUAAGAAAUGGCUGCGCAUGCGCGGCCGCGAUGAGCGGAGCGCGAGUCGUAGCCCGAGUCCGGAACCUACGAGGAGGAGGUAUUGAUUUAGGUGGGAGUGAGGUCGACGAGCCUUUUUUUCUGUGUGUGUGUGUGUGUGUGUCUUGGUUUAUUCGGGUUUAAGGGGCGAUGGAAUCAAACAAAAAGAAUUCAUCUAUCUAAAAGAUGACUUGACUUGACUGACUGACGCGAUGGGUCAGAGAUACAAGAAGAAUGUAAUUCAAUCCAGUUUUCUACGGGAUAUGAGAGAAGAGGCAUGCAUGGUAGAGAAAUACUCUACGGCGUUGUUUGGGAUCAUCGUCCUUGAUUCUACGUAUGGGGAAAAAAAACAGAACAGAACAGAACAGAAAAGCUUCUUUGUAUCAUAGGACGGACGACGAACACACUCAUGCAUACCUAUGCAACAACACAAGGCGCUGGCUGGCUGGGUGUAUGUAUGUAUGUAGUAUGCAACCGGAAUUUUCAGAUAUCCUCUCUAGUAAGCAUAGGAACCCAUGAAUCAUGCAUGAU